AUGGAUCGCAGAAGCCCUGGCGUUGUGAUUGGUCUUUUAGUUCUAGCAUUUGAGGCGUUUCUCGCCACGUUUACCAUCGUCUUCAUCAUAUGUGUAAUCUUACGUGAUUUUCACAAGAAGAAGAGGUUAGACACUAAGGAUAAGAUCCAAAUGGCUCUGAAGGUUUCCAGCUUCAUUUUUACUUCUGUGGUGACUUACAAUGAAUUCUCCAACAUCGUGCAACCACAGUUUUCCAAAGUAUGUUCUAGGAGUCCUUUGUACAGGGUGUUGAUUGUGUACUCUAUGUGCUCGUGUUCAUGGCUCAUUGCCGUCCAAUGCUUCUUCUAUUUUAUUAAGAUUGUACAUGUCAAAUGGAUCUCCAGUCCUUGGGUGAGGAUGAACAUCAGCUCCAUCGUCUCCUGGCAGAUUGUGUUGGUGAAGGUCAUAUCCCUGUGCAUCAGUCUCUUCGAUUUGAUUUCCUAUAAAAAAGCACACGUCUCUUCCAUGAACACCUCAUGUAUCUCGUCUACCAACACGACUCGAGGAGAAAUGCUGGUCAAUGACUACGUGCCAUUAUUCAUAUUGAUUAUAGUCGGUGCACCACUUGUCUUGUCAAUAAUUGCCAUCUCCUUAAAUGCUGCCUUCCUAAGCUGCCAUAUGAACAAGAUGAAGACCACAAAGACAUCUGGAGAGGUCCACCAGUAUAAGCGGAUUGUCUUUGCAAUGCUGCGCUUCCUGUUCCUCUACUUCAUAUUUUAUGUGGUGAUGUUCCUUCACUAUUUUUCCUAUUUUGCUCUAUAUAGUAUUGGGUACUGGCUAAACCUUAUAUUGGUCUUAUCAUUUAUCCCAGUGCUAUAUAUUCUACAGAUUCGUGAGAACCCUCAGUGGAGGGCGACCUGUAAGGAGAUGACAAGUUAUUUCACUCACUGUGGAGAACCUAAUACCGACUAA